AGAAACCCGUCGAAAGCCGCAACUCAGUGUUUGUCGGUGGUUCGUGCAGCAUGGUCAGCUUGCUUUUUUUCCCGAUAAUCGUUAAUAACGACAUAAUUGUAUGCCUGCGGAUAAUAUAAUAUUUAAAUAUCGUAAUCGCCAUCGUUUCCGCGUGUUAUAAAUCGGUUGGUGUACCAAUUGUACAUAGUUUAUACUAUAUCGGCACCGAGAGACGACCGAUAGAUGUUAUAUACCUACUAAAAUACCCGAGGUCUGAAGUUCAUGUGCAUCUGCGUGGAGGAAAAGUGCCAAUAACAUAAUACGGUUUAAACUUUAUUAUAAUGCGUAUUUCAGUUAGGUUUGAUACGACUCGAUAAUAACAAUCGUUAUACACGAUGAUGGAUCGGUGCGAGAAUUGCGGUGAUGAAUACGAACGGUUGCUGAGUGAAGAGGAUGACCAUUCGUCAGCGGCCGAGGAUCAAUUAUUCAACGAACGCAUGCUGCAUCAUCGUCAGCUGCCCGUGGAUAUCAGUCGUCGCGUUGCCUAUGGCUUUGGACACGUGUUCAACGACAUCACUGCGGCCAUUUGGUUCUCUUAUACCAUGGUGUUCAUGCAAAACGUUGUUGGUGUGCCCGCAACCACCGCUGGAUUUUUGCUAUUUUUUGGUCAAACUGUAGACGCAAUAGCAACACCGUUUGUGGGAAUUAUGGUUGACAAAUUUGGAAAAAAGAAAAAUUGGGUGCUGUUAGGCACUGUGAUGGAAGCCAUAAGUUUUCCGUUAAUAUAUUACGUUUGGAAUCUACCGAUUUUCAUAAUUACCUUGAUUUAUAUUUGCGCGAUAUUAACAUUUCAAAUCGCCUGGGCUCUUGUCCAAAUUUCUCAUUUGUCGUUGAUACCAGAACUAACUGAUUUAUCUUUAGAGAGAGGCAAAUUAACAUCAACAAGAUACGUAUUCACAGUGUCCACGAAUAUUUUAAUGUUCCUCAUUGCUUGGUUAGUGUUUAGAGGUAUACGGAAUAACGGAAAUGUGGGUAGUCUCAUUGGUCCUAAUGACUCAGAAAAAUUUCAAAUGUUAGCAUUAAUUGCUACUGCGAUUGGAGUGUUUUCUGCGUUUAUUUUCCACGGGUUGCUGAAAACCCCGCGAAAUAUUAAUAAGAAACUGAUGUACAGGCAGAAUCGACAGAUAAAUUUCAAUAAAAUAUUAAAAUUUUGUACAAAUGUUCACCUGUAUCAAGUGGCUAUUGUGUUUACGACUUGUAAGCUACUGAUAAAUAUAGCUCUAAUUUAUAUACCACUUUUUAUCAAUGAAUCGGCUAUUGACGAAUCUGGUACCAUAGCUAGCGUACCGUUAAUGGCGUAUAUGUCUUCUUUGAUCACAUCUAUUGGCGUGGAAUAUGUUAAACCGUGUUUUAAAUCUGAUAAAGUGAUUUUUACAAUUGGAAGUGUAAUAUCAAUUUUUGGAUCAUUAUUGGUAUUCUUCAAUCCUAAUAAUGAAUUGACUUAUCGCUACUUAUGUUUAGCUGCUGUAUGCUUUGGUUCAGGAAGUGCAAUAACUUCAGUGUUGAGCCUUAGUGUUACUGCAAACCUUAUUGGAAAUAAUACUGAUUGCGGAGCUUUCAUAUAUAGUUCUGUCACAUUUUCUGACAAAUUGAUUAAUGGUUUAGUUAUCAUUGGAAUAGAAUUCAUGAAAUGCACAGAUUUGGAAAAAUGUUCACAUUAUUAUAGAGAUGUUUUGGCAUUUAGCAGUGGAUCACUUGCACUCAUUGGUUUAUUAGUGUUUUUAACAAUACCAAUAACUCUUAUAAAAACAACAAAGAGUUAGUUAAAUUAAAUUUUACAAGUAAAAUAUGUUCCUUUGUUAUUUUUAGGGUUU